AUGUCACAUCUGUCUCUAGUCGCACCACUACAGAACAUGAGUGUGAGUGUGCCCGACGGUUGUCUCAUGGGCAUUGUGGGCGUUGUGGGAUCGGGCAAGUCCACGCUGUUGCAGCUGCUAAUAGGAGAGGUGCCUCUAGUGGAAGGUUGGCGCACCUGCACAGCCCCACGCAUCGCGUACUGUACCCAACACGCGUGGAUAUUCCACAGCUCACUCAGAGACAAUAUUGUCUUUGGCGAGCCCUUUUGUGCCAAGAGAUAUGCGCAGGUGGUGCGGGCGUGUGCACUGCAGACUGACUUUGCCGCACAGCCACACGGCGACAGUACAAUCGUCCAAGCGAACAGCCUCUCAGGUGGACAGAGACAGCGCAUAGGCAUUGCCCGCGCGGCGUACAGCUCAGCGCAGACGGUGGUACUGGACGACCCCUUCAGCGCAUUAGACGCACAGGUCACAGGCCACGUGUUCACCCACUGCAUCGAGGGCCUGAUGCGACACAGAACAGUGCUUUUCACCACCAACAACACAAAGUUGCUUACGAACUGCGAUCUGAUUGGUGUGCUGAGUGAAGGGUCGGUAGUGGUUGAUUCCUAUAGCAACUUCAUUCGAGCAACGGAAAGGAGCGCCUCCCGUCCCCACGCAUCAGCUGCAGACAUCCUGAGCAGGCUCACGGUCAACGGCAGUGCUAAAUGCAACUCACAGGCAGCAGAGGAGACAGCCCUUCCGCACAGCAAGAGCCAACCAAUGAAAAAUGCGAACAACGGUGACGUAGACGAUGGAGAAUUUUAUGGCAUUUCACUGGACGACGACGACGACGACACCGAUCACGACCAAGAUGAGUUUGGGCGGACUGCUCACACACAGGAGGGUAAAAGCAUCCACUCUGCUGAAGAGAGCAAUGAUUCUGGCAAGACACAGCACAGAAUGAUUGGCCACCUGUCCAGAGCCGUGGGCGGAUAUCAUUGGCUGCUAUUAAUAGUCUUUACGCUUUUAGUAGAGGAAGCCGUUUCCGAAUACCAGUUGUGGUUGCUCGCCACAUGGACUGAUGAGGGAGAAAGCGGUACAAUAACCGACGGUGCGAAUCAGCGUUAUGUUGUGCACUACGCCGCUCUGGUGGUGGCUGAGAUGCUCGUGGCCUAUGUGCGCCAGGUGGUGGUAGGUAUAACCACAGUGCACACCGCCGAUCGCCUGCACCGCCAGUUGGUAGACAUGGUGCAGGGUGUGCCGUUGUCCUAUUUUACGACAGGGACGACCACUGCGACGUAUGUGCUGGAUCUGUUUGCCAGAGAUCACAGACGCAUCGAUCGCGGAAUGUUCAUGGGAGUGGAGUAUCUGCUGAUCCCCGUCAGCUAUUGGGUUACCAUAGCAACAGCCACAGCCGUUGUACUGCCCUGGACACUGGUCUCCUUCCUUGUUUCCAGCGUGAGCAUACACUAUCUGUUGCGAAUGCACCGCCACAAGUCUCAGCGGUGCAGAGUGUGGCUGUCACGCACCAAACAACCGGUGGUGCAGUGCAUCACAGACACAGACAGUGGGCGCCCCACCAUCAGAGCCUUUGGUUGCCAGGAGACGUUACUGCGUAAGUUUGGCCGUUGUCUGGACGAGUACACCAACGCCUCAGCUGCUGUGAGUGUUGCCAUGGCAACCACUGCGAGUCUUGCCGAUGCCGCGGGAUGUGUGUUCAAUGUUGGGGUGGCACUGGCCAUUGUGAUGUCUCGCAAUGACAUCACCACUGGAGAGGCUGGGUUCAUGCUGACCAAUGCUGCAUUCAGCGCGUUCGCUGGUACGUCUACCUUAACGGGCCGUGCUACUCGUUAA